GCAGAACCCAGAUCAGAACACAGACACAGACACACACACACACGCACACGCACACGCACACAAGCAGACACAAGCAGACAGUGGCAGACAGUGGCAGACAGUGGCAGACACCGUACCAUACCACGCUAGGCCAUCACAUCUCCACUGCCGGGGCCCAGUGAGCACAUCCCAGCCCUGGGACUUAGCGUGGCUGCGCACUCACUGCCGAUGAUAUGAUGAUGCAGAGAGGAGGGGGGGGAGGAGCAGUUAGCAGCAGCAGUAGUGGCAGUCUGGUAGAUCAAAGCCAGCAAAAAGAUCACUAACGUACUGUACAUUACAUAUCUGGUGCAGAAGGGUGGAGCGUGGUCGUGCUGCUUGGGCUAUUGGGCUCCUUACUGGGCCUAUUAUUAUGACUGCUGCGACAUAGCGUGGGUAGCGGAGGGUUUUGCUGUUGCGCCUCGCUCGGGGGGUGGGUUCUGGGUUCUGGGUUCUUGGGUUCUGGGUUCUUGGAGUCUGGAGUCUGGAGUCGAGUCGGUGCUGGGUUGCGUGGUGCUGGCUCAUGUUCCUCGCUGUCCCUGUAGGGCAAACAAAUCAGAGCCCCGAUAUGACCCCUUCGCUGCCGCUCGCUCUCGGCUCUGCACGCCGCUGCUGGCUUUUAUAAAAACUACUCGUCGUCCACCCUCUCUUCCUGGCUUGUUUGAUUUUUUUUUUAUAUAUCCCCCUCCCCCCUCCCUUUUGUUUCAUUUACUGGUAUUAUUGUUUUACUUUCCUCUCCUUGCCUCCUUUUAUUUAUUCAUCUUUCUCCUCCUGACCACACUUCUGUUCUCCAUUGUGUUGUUUGUGCGGAUGGAUCUUCCCCUUCCUCUGCCUUCGGCCGACUACUAGAAGCAAAGAAAAAGUCACAGGGAAACAUACAAGAAAAACAAAUAGAAAAACAGGAAAGGAAAAGGAAAAGAGAAAGAAAAGAAAAGAAAAGAAAAUAAAUCGAACGGAAAACCCCCCAGACCCAAAAAUAAAUAGAGCUCGCCUUCCCCGCCAUUUGCCACCGCGAGAUCUCCUCGAGUUCGAUCGAGUCGGUCUAGGACAGACCAACAAGAAGGCAUUCGUGCAUAGGGAGAGAAAAUCGAUCGAUAACCACCACUCCCUCUCCCUCUCUUUCUCCCCCAAUCUUCCUCUUUACCCGCCCCGAUAUCCUUUGCCCGUCCUGUCCUGUCCUGUCCUGUUCAUACCGCGAUCCUGCGUUCUCAUUGGCUGCGCCCUCCCGGUCCUAGCACGCCCGCCAAAUCUCUAGCCCUGGCUGCUUUCCAGCACCCUCGUCCACUCCUUUGCCAGUGCUCGUGUUGUUUACUCGGCUUUUGUGCCCUCGUUUCCGCCAGUUCCCCAGGGGCAAAAUCCUCCUCACGAACUCCCUUUUUUGUGUGCACAAAGAGGACUGGUUCUCCUUCCGCAGCCCUAUUUUAACUACAUCGGACCGACCCGUGGACCAAAUCCCCCCUCCCCUUUCCGUGGUUUUUUGUGCUUGGCGCCAGCUGCAGACAGACAUACAACCCAACCACCAUUCCAACCGCGAAGAAACCGCUGAAACAAAAAUUUCACGCUGGGAAAAAAAAUAAAAAUAAAAAAUAGUCUUGCUUCCCGUUCUGACUGCCCAAAUACUAUUCGCCUGAUGCUCUGCUGACAUUGGCUCCCGUUCCAUACUUUUUUUGGAUGAACAAUUUGAUCUACCGCAGAAACGACGCCAGAAAAACUUUGUUCCUAGAGGCUGUGCUUUCCCCCCCUUCUUUUUCCAUUCUAUCUGGCUCUGUGGUUGAGCAAAAAGUGUGGUUCCGCCCUCUCCCCUUCCAACGGCCCGACAAUGCUAGCGCUGGAGCGUUCUCAUCACGAGCAAUCCUAUCUUCAGCAACUCUCGAUGGAUCCUUCUAUGCAUGAUCCUUUUGGUUCGCUAAAUAUCGACGGUUACAAUCAUCUUGGUUUCAACCCGUUUCCCUUAGGCACGGCCUCUUUCAUAGAAACUCCUUCGUUUUUGGUAGAGGCCCCCCAACACUUGUACGGCAACAACAUCAGUAGCGAACAGCACGACAACCAAAAAUACGACUCCUAUGCACAUCACCCUUCUGCUUCUCCCUCCAUAGCUACUACCCUCUCCUCCGACCUCAGCGCAUCUACAAGCUCAUCCGUAUCUGGUCCUUCGUUACCAAGCACCUCAUCGUCCACUAUCGGCUCUCCGUACCAGGACAGCUGGAUCGACAUGAACAGCGCUUCGGGGCUUGGACCCGCCACAGUGGGUAGCGAUGGCUACCCGCAGGAAUACGUGAGUGCUGGCAUGGAAGCUGAUAUGAUGUUUGCGCAUGAAAAGCUCCCAGAUAGCUUCGUGGGUGAGUGUCACAAUGCUUUUUCUUCUGUCCAACCUUCGCAGGCGCCCAAACUGCCUAGACAAAUUGCUCAGCAUGUAAACAUCUCUUCUGUAUCUGCAUCCGCAUCUUCUCCAGUAGUAGAUGGCCAUUUUGGUGCACUCUCUUUCUCUGGUUUCACAUGGCAACACUCAGAUGUUGCAUCUAUGGCUAGCAAAAAUCAACCAAUUCAAUCCAUGUCUCCUCCUACGAGCACUGCUCCUCUGGCAGGCGGGAGAUCACAGCGCAAAGGUUCAACCAGCGGAACUAGCACACGCAGGAGUGCACUGGCCUCCCCGGUGGCCCGAUCUCUGAGUGGCAAUUCUCCAGCUAUGUAUUCGCCAGAGAUGCCCAGCAGAAAGCGGUCGUUGACCCAAGACUCAGGCGUAACAACCCUUGAAGCGAGGAAGAUGUCCACUGCAGAGGCUAGGAUGAAACAUCGAGAUAGCCUACAUUCUCCAAAGAGGAGCUCUAAGCCUCCAGGGUCUAGGAAUAGGGAGCCAUUUGAAAACUCUUUCUUUAAACAGAGUAGCGGAAAUUUUGUGCCGCCGCUCGAGUCAUCUUACCCGUCAUUGAUCCAGCCAAUGCAACAACAAAGCAGUUACCCGCCUCCGACUGCAUCAUACGCAGAGGAAAUCCAAUAUGCUUUUACACGAUCACCCCUUUUUCAUUCGACAUCUCCCGCCGCAUCACCUUUACCACAAUCCCAAACAUUACACCCCCAACAACACCCUCGAUCCGCUCUCCCCUCCCCGUACCUAACGCAAUCAUUCACUCCUCGGCCGCUUUCAUUUGCUGGAAGAAGGUCGUCCAUAUCCUCCGAAAACUCGCGACGGUCGCAACGCAGUCCCCUGGCGGGUAGUGUUGACUACGAAGAGAAAGGGAAGGAGAAGGGUCGCUGCCCCCACCCGGAUUGUGGGCGGGUGUUCAAAGACCUAAAGGCGCAUAUGCUUACCCAUCAAUCAGAGCGACCAGAAAAGUGUCCGAUAGUAACCUGCGAAUAUCACCUGAAGGGAUUCAGUAGGAAAUACGAUAAGAAUAGGCACACAUUGACACAUUACAAAGGGACGAUGGUGUGCGGCUUUUGCCCCGGUUCCGGGUCUGCUGCUGAGAAAAGCUUUAACCGGGCGGAUGUGUUCAAGCGACAUCUGACUUCUGUGCAUGGCGUGGAGCAGACCGCGCCCAAUAGCCGCAAGAAAACCCCUCCCACGUCAAAUCGAAAGGCUGCCACUUACUGUCACGAUGCCACAGGCAAAUGCUCGACGUGCUCGUCGACGUUCAGCAACGCACAGGAGUUCUAUGAACAUUUGGAUGACUGUGUUCUGCGCGUAGUCCAACAGGAAGAGCCCAGCGAAGCCAUUAAUCUCAAGCGAUUGACAGAAGUGGCUUCCGACGAUGCUGUGCGGCAAACCAUGGAGAAACACAUGCUUGUCGACACGACCAAUGACGUGAUAACGAACCAUAACCAAACAGACGACCAUGAUGAUGAUACGAACGACUCUAACGAUAAUAAUAACUCAAACACCAGAAACCCCGCGGCCGGCAAAGGCUCUCUAAAAUCAUCCGCCUCAUCCACCUCCACCUCCAGCACAAACACAAACACCACCCCUUCCUCCUCCUCAAACACCCUCUCCAAACCCCCCUCCACCACCCACACAACCGCCGGCAUAACAAAACCCCGCCCCACCUCCUCCCGCCGCCGCAACAACCGCAACAACUACCCCCCAUCCUGGGGCUGCGCGACCAACAAAAUGAAAAUGAAAAAGCGUGUCCUGUGCCUCUACGACGGCCAGCGCCGCCUCUGGAAAGAUGAGAUGAUGCUCGAUAACGAAUUCGAGGUCCGGUUGAAGUUACUCGGUGGCGCCAAUGACGACAACGGCACAGGCCGUGACGCAUAUGUCACGGAUUUGGACGUGGAGACACUGAAGCGCGCCGACGCAGUGCAUGGAGCUACGGAGGAGGAGAGAGGCCCCUGGGAUGGAGAUAUGGGUGGCAGCGCGGGUCUCGUGGGGCUCAUGGGCCCUGCUGCCGUGCCGUUGAUGAGACACAUGCCCGAGGGUGGGAUGGUUGAUGAGGUUAACAUUGAUGAGCUGAUGGCGUGAGCUGGGAAGGGGGGGACUGUGAUUUUAAAUAUGUUUUUCAUUUUAUACUUUCCCUGUGCACCUGGGGUGAGAGGGAUGUAAAAUGUCCUUUGUGAUAUUGGGCUUUUUUUUUCCGCUUGAUAUAUAUUUUAUUUUAUUCCCCUUCUUCGUCUCCGAUCUAUUAUUAUUAUUAUUAUUAUUUUUCUGGCUUCAUUGGUUUUUGCUUUUUGUGUAAUGCCCCUAGGCGGGGGUGACAAGGCUCCGCCGCAGAGCAGUUAAAUUUCUUCAGAAGCUUUGAGACUUUUGACUCAAUUUCUCUGUCUGAGAUAAUAGAAUUCACUGAUACACUUCUAAUAAAAUCUCUUUAUUUCUCCGAGAGAGAAUACGAAAUGAAAGUUAA